UAUGAUUAUGAUUGCGUCCCCUCAGAAGAAAAAUAAUUUUUAUUAUAAAAGUUUAUGUGAAUAACCUACCUAUCAUGUACAGUCAAGGCCGUACGCUCAUUUAGAUAAUACCUAAUUUCAAAUUUGUAUAGCAUUUUAUUGCAUUUAUCUGCGGUUGGCCUUGUGUAUAGUUUAAUAUUUUCUUACUUGUAUUAAAUAUUUUAAACAAAUAAUAAAACGGGAGAGAAAUACUAAAUUACGGCAGUCAAGCGAUCUCGGGAGUUCAAUGAAGCAAGAAUGGCCGAAAGAAAUGGAUACAGUGUAAAACGCAAACACCACGAGAAGAUAAACUUUUAUUUUUUCUAAAAGGGACAUUCAAACAAUUACCUACUCUUGUCUAGUAAAAACUGAAAUUACGCCACACUAUAUUAUAUAGACAAUGUGAUAGCUCUUGGAUCUUCUGAUAAGCCGUUGUAUUUAUAUUAUGGUUAUGAAACCCCAAAAGCUUGGAUAGAUGCAAUGAAUGGCACAAAUACUACAAAUGAAGCAGAAAGUUUAAACAAUUUUUUAAGUGGAUAUAAUGUAGCAGGAUUAAUACUAAAGAAUUUAAACUACGAUUAUAGUAGUAAUUUAGAUUAUCAUUUUGAUGAAUGUUUUUACGACAAUUUCAAACAGUACGUUACAACAAUGACAACAAUAAAUUCCAAUUUGAGUAUUGGAUUAUAUGUCAAUGCAAGCAACAUGAUAUUUUAUACUAAUAACCAAUUGUCUCCAGAUUGGUUUCAAUUUUCAGUAUUAAAUGAUAUUAUGCAGUAUUACAUAAUUGGCUUUGAUAAGUUUAAUCCAUGUAAUGAAUGUUUUAAAGGCGGAAUUGUGCCAAAUAGUAAUGUUGCAAAAUCCAACAAUUCCUUGUCAUCAUUUGCAUCCGCUCUUCGUAUUUCACCUAUUGCAAAGAAAAAAAUAUAUCUUGAAUUUUUAGCGAGUCCUAUAGCUAAUGACUCAACAACUGAAGUUCUACCCACGUGCUGUGUGACAUAUAAAAAAUUUUGUGAAGGUGACCACUAUAAUCUUUUUUGGUGUGCUGAUAAUUCAGAUUCAUUCUAUGACAAAGGUAAAUUCGCAAGAGAAAUACAAGCACAAGGAAUCGUAACUAAGUAUAUUGAUACAAUCGACCCCACUGCAAAAUGUGAAUGUAAUUCAGAUAAGUUUAUAACGUUUUCGAUGAUGUUACGAGGUUUCUUAUGUACAGCCCCUAUCACGGAUUGUACUAAGUUAAAUAGUAUUAGUCUUACAUAAAUAUUUAUAUUUAUGUAUUGUAAUUCAGUAUUUGUAAUUUUUUAGAUUAAUCGAAUCUAACUAUUUAUUAUUAUAAUUAUAAUCAUUAAAUGUGGAAUUGUUAAUCUGAUAUUCAUUAAUUUUAGACUUAAUUAUUUAACGACUGCACUGAAAAAAAGUCGUCCGUAAUAUGGAUAAACUUGUCGUUGUUGACCAUAAUUUUUGACACAACGUACUUUUUUAAUAAUGCAAUAGAAAAUUGUUCAUCGACUUAUAAUAUUAUAAACUUGUGUUUAUUAACUCAAUAACUGGUCUUUAUAUUCUUUAUAAAUCCCUUGCGAAUAUUUUUUUAUAUAAUAAUUUAAUCUGCUAGAACAAACAAUAGAU